AUGGCGCGCAUGCGCGUGAUAACUCCGCGGGGUUCCGAGUUUAUUUGGUUCGAAAACUACCGCGGAGUCUGGAUCCAACUGACUGAAAAGACGUUUGUAGAGAGUUGGGAGAGGCUCAAAAGAGUACGCAAGUUUGAGUUUGACAAGCCGUUCAAUAAGCUCGUCUUCACCAAGCAACCCUAUUGCUCCAUCACAGGCAUUGGUACUAUAAUCUUUAUAGAUCGAGGGUACAAAGUCAUGGCGGUUGUAGAUGGCGAACAAGAGCUCUGGAGUUCUGAAGAACAAACUUGCAAUUACAUUCUUAUUCAUGGAGAAGUAGGUGGUGCGGAAAGCGCAACGGAUGGACAAGGUGAAUUCAGCGGUGCUAGACUCGUUAAUAUAUCAGUCAGAUUUAAAGACAAGUAUGAAGAUUUAUACUUUGCAAAGAUGGGAAAGUACUGGAUAGAAUGUCAAUAUAGCCAGUUUAGAAAAAUGCUGAUUGAAGAAAGGGAUAGACUGUGUAUGAAUAUAACAGAAACUCGUAAAGAAAACACAGAUGGUCGUGAAGAUGGGCCAAGUACGAGCGGUAAUAGCUAG